AUGAAUUCCCGAACAAACAAAUCUGAGCUACCAUCUUCUUCCAUGGCCUCCAAAGCUCUCUCCUUUAUCUCCUUCGCUGUAACCCUAAGCUCCUUAUUAUUUACCAUCAGCUCCCUUAUCUUGUCGGCAAUUUCAUUCCGGCCCACCAGCUUCUCCCCGAUCCAGCCCCAAUCCCUGUCCCAAAUCCCUAACCCUACCUUCUCCACCACCUCCGCGUUCACCCGCUGGUCCCCGUGCUGCGGCCAAGCCAGCACCGGCACGCCGAGCCGCGCCGCCUCCACCACCGAGUUCCACCCGCAGUGGCUCACAAACCCUCCCACGGCGGGGUGCGCUAAAAUGCGCUCCUGGUCAACCCACCCCUUGACCACCAUCCCUUUGCCCUCGAAUUCGAUUCUCCUCAGAAAGGACUCCCCCAGCAGAUCCUCCGGUUUUCCGGCGUCUUCCUUGUCCACCUUGCUGGAUUUAAGGACCCACAGGAAUUUGGGCCCGCUUAUUUCCAGCCCGUGGGCCAGCUCUCGUAGCGGUUCUCGACCCGAAGCUGACGAAGACGACCGAGCCGUCGGCUUGUCCGUCAAGCCACGUGAUAUUGUCUUGAGCCGGCCCGGUCUCGAAUGGCUCGAGCGGCCCGAUGGGAAGGAUUUUUUGGGCCGGCCCGUUUUCGGUCAAGGCCCGGAUAGCAUCGUGUUCGAACCAGGUGAAGGUGUUGAUGAGGACGGCUUUGACGUCUCGCAGAGACGAGUUGUUGGAGGAAAUGGUGGCCCCGAAGAAGUGGCUUUUGUCCAGCAUCGCCGGUGGAAUGUUGGAAACUGGCAUGGGGCCGAUUCCCGGAAUUUGUAUCAUGUGCUGGCUGUGGUCGAGGUGCGGGAGAUGGUUGGUGAGGGUGAGGGCGACGAAUCUUGCGGAGGUGGUGAGUAG